GAUGACGGAAAAGGACACACUGGAGGCUGCCAUCACCGCCCAGGGAGACGUCGUGCGUAAGCUCAAAUCGGCCGCCACUAAGGAUAAGGCGAAGAUCAACGAAGAGGUACAGAAGCUGCUCGCCCUCAAGGAACAGCUAAAGCAAUGCACGGUAGACGAUGGAGGUGAACCGGCCCCGAAACCGUCCGGUGGCAAUGAAUCCACACCCGGCAACCGGAAUCUGUCCCUGAAAACGCCCAAGGGUACACGGGAUUAUGGUCCGGAGUCGAUGGCACUCCGGCAGCGUGUUCUCGACCAGGUGAUACGCGUGUUCCGAAAGCACGGUGCGGAAACGAUCGAUACGCCCGUGUUCGAGCUAAAGGAGGUGCUGACCGGCAAAUACGGCGAAGACUCGAAGCUAAUCUACGACCUGAAGGAUCAGGGCGGUGAGAUAUUGGCCCUCCGGUACGAUCUAACCGUCCCGUUCGCCCGGUACGUCGGGAUGGGCAACGUGUUCAACAUCAAGCGUUACCACAUCGCGAAGGUGUACCGGCGGGACAAUCCGCAGAUAACGCGCGGCCGGUACAGGGAGUUCUAUCAGUGCGAUUUCGACAUUGCCGGCACGUACGAUCCGAUGCUGCCGGACGCGGAAUGCGUGAAGGUAGUGUGCGAAAUCCUGUCCGACGUCGGUGUGGGUGAGUUUGUGGUGAAGCUCAACCACCGGAAGCUGCUCGAUGGUAUGUUUGAGGCGUGCGGUGUACCGGCGGAAAAGUUCCGCACCGCCUGCUCGUCCGUCGACAAGCUGGACAAAACACCGUGGGAGGAGGUGAAGCGCGAGAUGGUGGAGGAGAAGGGCCUGACGGUGGAGACAGUCGACCGGAUCGGGGAGUACGUUACGCUGCACGGUGGUCCGGAGCUGGUGGACCGGUUGGCGGCCGAUGACAAGCUGAAGCAGAUACCGAGCGCACUGGAAGGGCUGGAGGAUAUGCGGUUGCUGUUGCAGUACUGUGACAUUUUCCAGGUGGCCAACCGGGUGUCGUUUGAUCUUAGUUUGGCACGCGGCCUCGACUACUAUACCGGCGUGAUAUACGAAGCGGUCCUGCUCGGUGGUGGCGGUAGCGGUGGUACUGAGGAGGAAGAGAUAACGGUCGGAUCGGUGGCCGGUGGCGGACGGUACGACAAUUUGGUGGGAAUGUUUAACCCGAAGCGUAAGCAGGUGCCGUGCGUUGGUGUGUCCAUCGGUGUGGAGCGUUUGUUCUCCAUCAUCGAGGCACGGGCCGGUGGCAAGACGCGCACCAACGAGACGGAAGUGUAUGUCGCUUCCGCGCACAAAGGACUGCAUUUGAAGCGGCUAGAAUUUCUUAACAAACUUUGGGACGCGGGCGUUAAGGCUGAACAUUCGUACAAGCUGAACCCGAAGCUGCUUGCCCAACUACAACACUGCGAAGAAUACCAAAUCCCGUACGCUAUCGUACUCGGCGAUGGGGAGCUGUCGCGCGGUGUGGUAAAACUGCGGGAAAUUUCCACCCGCAAGGAGGAGGAACUCCCGGUGGACACGUUUAUCGAGGAGUUGCGUCGUCGCCUAAGUGCUUCCUAAAG